AAACCGACGGGUCGACGGUGGUUUGGUUUUGCGCAAGCUUUACCCGGUGGGAGAUUUCGCACCGUUUGCCUACGACUUCUCCCCAUUACCCGGCCCCAUCUUUGUGCGAUUCGGCCGCGCCAGGACAUUACCAAUGCUGCGCCAGCAACGGACGCCAUCGUACAGAGGAGAAACCUGAUAGGGCGUCGUCGGACACUAAGAUGCUCGCGCUUGCCGCUUUGCUAGCCGUACACGCAGGACUCGCUGGUUCAAUACCUACCGCACCGGAAAACAUAACCGUCACCUUCCUAACGCCCACAUCGGUACGAGUCUCAUGGCAAACCUCGAUGGAUCCAAACACGAUGCCAGUGGACAAAUACGAUGUCACGUACAAGCCGACCGACGCCAGUUACAGGGUUGUCGUAGUGGUGGCCGGUAACCGGGACGCGGUGACGCUCGGAGGACUGACACCGGAUACGCAGUACCAGCUGACGGUGGCCGCCGUCUGGAACGGGAAGAAAUAUCGCAGCCGGCCGAUCGUAUUCAGAACGCUGGAGCCUCCAAGGAAUUCGUACCAGCAGGACUCCGGUUCGCUGGUCGGUAGCAGUGGUCCACCGAACUCCCCGCACGCCGAUACAGCGCCCUCGCUCAGCGGCAUCGGGAUCUUCAACGAUGAGUUCGGCAAUAUAUCAGUAAACUCCACGUCCCGCGAACUUCCAACGAUCCGUGGUGUAGAAAUCGGUAUUGUAGUGUUAGUGUUAAUAGUCUGGGCUGGUGCUAUAGCUUUAUUUUUUAAUCGAUGGGGUAAGAUACGAAUGUUGCUUCCAUAUCAACCGGACUACAAGCAGGAACAGCUGAAAGUUCCUGGUACUGGUGUCUGUGCCAAUGGUACCUGCAACGGACAACAUUCCCAUCAGCCUUACCAUCCGUGGCCGGAGGAGCCUUCCUCGGUGAUCUCGGAACGUUGCACACGGGCCCGUAUCAACUCGGCCAUCUUCGUGUCGUCCGAGGGCAAGGGGUUCGAUUCGAUCGAGUUCAUCCGACGGUACGGCUCCCAGAGUGUCCUCUGUCGAAAGGCCAAGAGUGCCGAGAACGUGUCGGCCUCCGAGCGACAGCGGCGCUUCUCCGAGUAUCCGGAGUGGGAGACGGAGGACAGUACGACGGGCAACGGUACGUCCGCACACUCAGCCAGUAAUACGAGGCGGAAAAAAUCGCUUCGCCAGGACUCGAUCGAGCUGGUCGAAUGCCACAAGGAACCGGUGGCGGUGACGGUUCCAGUCCCAGUACCGGUACCGACCGUUACGCCCGGUGCCGUACCCGUGGUGGCUGGUACCACGGCAACCCUCGUCACGGUCGGUGUGCCGAUCGCGAUCGGCAGCAAACCGGUAGCGUCCGCUGCCGCCGUCGCGGCCGCCAGUGUCGCCUCAGCAGGGAUCGUGAAACCGACACCGAAGCUGUCCAACCUGCCGACACUCUCGGUGUCCGGACCGUCGCCACCGCACGAGGAAGAAUUCCUUAGACAGCCCGAAAAGGACUCGGCAGUCACAGAUGCCGCUAGCUCAAGUUCCGGCGGUGAACAGGUGGAAAAGGAACGCUAUUAAACGCCACCACCAGCAACCAGUACAUCGGCACUAGUGAGGGUUAAAGGUAGUGCCAAGCUAGAACGAGUGUAUAGUGAACAUUAUUUCAAUUCAGCUGUUUUCAAAGAAGGCCCAAUGGUAGGACUUUGUCCCACGAGGAAUUACCACCAGCAUGUGCACAAGGAUCGAAAGGCACAUCGUACGUAUGCGUCGCUACAAAGUUUAAGCAAGCCCGAUUCACACAAACGAAGUCAGGAGGCAAAAAGCUCACCACACACCGAACGCAACAGGGAAUCGCUUUAAGCGUAGUUCUGUGUUAUUUUUUUUCGUACCGGUUAGAAUACAAACCGAUGACGAUGGGAUAAUUUCUAGUGUAAAUAUUUAGCUAGACACAGACGGCGUACGCUACGGGUACGGGAUGUUUUUCAUCGACGCUUUUCCAUCGAUCUGCCCCGGGUGUGGCCGUCGAGAGCCUCUCGGGAGUGGAAUUAAUAGCGUUUGCCGCCUGGCCGGAGCGGAAGGAACGCCAGGGCUGGUGAAAAUAAUUAGCCAACGUAACGAAGCGGCCAAACGAUCGCACUUUUGACGAAUGAAUGCCCCGUUUCCGUAGGGAUCAGUUUUUAUUUAUGCUAAUCUUUCUCCCUUCCUUUCACGCCGAUUGCAAUUUGGGAAAAGGGAACACUAAUGAACGUAUGAAGUGGCACGCGAAACGCCUGAUGAGCGGACGGACGGUCGAACGGUGCCAGUCGCCAACACUCCAUUUCGUUCAAAGAGUAGACGCACCAAUUAGUGGUGUAAUUGUUUAACUGAUUGCAGACGGAAAUUAAGCACAAAACGUAAUAAAGGAUGUGCUAAUUGAAGGUAAAACGAAAUUUAGGCAAAUUAAUAGUGAAGCAAUGGCCAUGAAUUGAGGAAGCUUAACAUAAUAAAAUGAGAUAAAUAAUUAUGCUAAUGGUCCGGUGAAGAAUACUCCAUUUGCUUUUUUUUUUAAAAAAAGGUGUUUUUAACUAUAAUUUCAAAGACAAUAACGUUUCCCUAUUCCGUAACGUUUCCUACAAACACCCAAUUGCGUACCUUUACCGUGCCAGGUAGUAUUUAAACCCCAAUUAAAGCACGCCUUGAGCUAGUCGCCGAGCUGUCAUCAACACUGACAGCCACUACUACCAACGGCUACUUGAUUGUCAAUUUACAAACGAGCACCAGUAAAAUUAUCUUCCGAAAGUUCCUUCACUCCCGUCGGCACGGGUCCCCCUAGCCAGCCUGUAAUCGUCUCGUGUUUAGUGCGCAUAAGUAAUUGUACUAAAAAUGCAAAAUAAAGUACCGGCAGCAGACAAAUGGUAGAGUUUUACUACUAAAGCAACAUGUAUUUCGUAAAACGAAACCCAAUACCUACAGAUACCUAGCGUAAGAUACAACCAUUGAUACAUUUGUAUAUGACACGGGACCACUAUGUGUCUUGUUUCGGUAAAUCCCUCCAGUAACCUUCGGUGGAAUGCGCUCGAAUAGUAGACGUGCAGGGCAUUAAUUGUUGCGUUGAUUUCGAACACCUCUUGACCGCUCAAGCCAAGCUUAAUGGAUGAGUGGAAAGUAUAAUCGCAAGAAACAAACAAAAAAAACCUAAGAAACGAUUCAUAUUCAAUAGUAUUUAGACCCAAUGCAUGUAAAAGAUUCCAUGUCUGACUAGCAGUUUGCAAGAAAACAAAGUAUAUCCUAGACAUUUGUGAGGGGAAGAUACCACUGAUAGGAAGUCCUAACAGUAAGUAAUAAAAUGGACUUAACUUUCGAACGACUUUUACGUAGCAUACAUUUAACCGAACAAAACCAUGUACUGGAUACUGUAUAUAGAAAACAUGUAAACUGUUCAUUGAAUGUCCAUGAGAUAUACUUAGUGUUAUGGGGGUUGAAGCACAAUACCGGAGGCAUAAUGAUAGGAUAGUUAAAAUAUGAAGAGUCCAAAGCAAACAACAGCCCUAACCCGGACGAUAUUCUAAGCAUGAACUAAGCAACUAAGCCUUAACACUACUCUCCUGCGAGUAUCCUUGUUAGAUUGUGUAUGAACAGAGUUUAUCCGAUGGCAGAUGUAACCAAAACGCUCAUCAUCUUAGAAACGCAAAAGUCAAACACCAGUUACAUCAGCAAAGCUCGUACAAAAUGAUCAAAUGUUAGUUCUGUCACCAUUUCUUCUGUACGCACCAGACUUCAAGGCACACUGCGUACAACUCUUACCCUGUAAACAUAUCUCUAAUUGAACGUGUUCUUCUUGUACCCUUUAAGCAAACAUCUAUCGUUGUCUAGUGCUAUCACAUCUAUACACGUUUACGCCAUUACUCUACGGCUGCUGUCUAGUUAUCCUUCUUCCAUACAACUAGCACGUCUCUGCAUUCCCAUGGGGAAGAACUACAUCAGUAUUGUCACUCUUCGACUACUACACUGUGCGCUCUAGCACAGCCUCUAAGUCUAUCGUUGUUGUUUCCUGUGUCCUUUUCCAUCUUUCGGCUUUCACGCACGUUAUGCACUUACUAUCCCCGGCGCGAGAAUAACACAUUGUGAAAAAUAAACUAUCUAAACAUCGAGGACCAUUACUGUGAAACAAUUUCGUACUGUAGAAACAAAAAAAAACAUUACAACAAAACAAAUAAAAAAACUCUUCAUGACUUAACUUCAUUGUGAUUCACGUUUUAUGGUACACAUUAGGGAAGCCCAAACAAGCAGGACAUGAAAACAAUGGUCAGAAGAGAUGAAAAAAAUCGAAUGAUACAGUAUGUAACGUAUAGCGGUAGAGUUUUAAUGAAAAUCCCCAUAUCUGGCUGAGAUUUGUACGCGUACUACUACAGAUCGCAGUCGAAUCGGGCUCGACUAUGGUCUACUACACUGUACGACACCAUUUUUCAUGGCACACUUUUUAUGUAAAACAGCUACUCAAACUACCCAGCACUAUCCACCACUAUCAGGUUGGUGGAACGUUACGGAAUGAUGGAAUCCAAAAUUAAGAAGUAAAUAAACAGAACAACCCAGAUAGUAUUUUAA